AUGUGGUUGAAAGCUUAUGAAAAUACUACCGAUUUUGAAGCCAAGUACCUCCACCCUGAAAAUCUUGGAGAGGGCGGCUUUGGAUCGGUUUAUGCUGGUAUCAGAAAAACAGAUAAUUUACCACAAAAGAUUUUCCUCAAAAAACAAAAGGGUCACAGCAACAACGCUGCCAUCAGCAAACCCGCUGAGGUUCCAGUAGAGGAUGGAACGAUGAAGGACAGCAAGAGCAAGGCCAUCCCUGCAACCGAGACACCCAGUAACAAGCAGAGGAGUGGAGACAACAUCACUGACACCAACACUGGUGAGCCCACCAAGGUGUCAGUGGAGCAUGUUAAAGAGACUGAGAACAAGAAGGAGGACGUUGCUGAGCAGCUGCCAGCACCUGAGAGCACAGGGACGACAGUGACUGAGGGCGGCUGUGACCUCUCUCAAAGCUCCAGCGGCCCUUCAACCUCCAAACAGGAAAAAAGGAGUACCACCAUUUACUUCAAAACCAGCAGAGCUGAGUUUGAGGCCAAGUACCUCCAGCUUGAAAAACUUGGAGAGGGCGGCUUUGGAUCGGUUUAUGCUGGUAUCAGAAAAACAGAUAAUUUACCAGUGGCAAUCAAACACAUUGCUAAAAGAUAUGUGACAUGUCAACCAGUGGUCUUACAUGGGAAGAUAUACAACAUCCCCAUGGAGGUGCUCCUGAUGCUGCGAGCAGCAGGUGGACCGAGGUCGGUGGGCAAAUCCUCAGCUGUGACCUUAGUUGACUGGUAUGAUCUGAACCAGGAGACUCUCCUGGUCAUGGAGAGGCCAGCUCCCUCCGUGGACCUUUUGACCUACAUGCUUAACAAUAAUGGUCCCAUGGAUGAAAACACUGUUAAGAACAUCAUGAAGCAGCUGGUGGAUGCAGCCAUUGUAAUGCACUCUAAAGGUGUCUUCCAUCGUGACAUAAAAUCAGAAAACAUCCUCAUCGAAACCGGCUCCGAUGUCCCUCGAGUGCGGAUCAUAGACUUUGGAUGUGGCUGCACUGUAAAAAAUGAACCAUAUCGAGGCUUUUCUGGAACCUCUGCGUAUGCGCCUCCAGAGUACUUCACACGUGGGGCGUAUGAAGCUGCCCCCACCACAGUCUGGCAGCUUGGCGCGCUGCUCUAUGAAUUGCUGGAUGGAUACAAUCAAUUUAUCACCUCUGAAUUCCUCCACAAAAAUAUUACAUUCAACACUGGGCUGUCCCAAGACUGCCAGGAUUUGUUAAACAUGUGUUUGGCUUUAAACCCCAAGGAGCGCGCCACUCUGGAGCAAAUGCAACAGCACCCCUGGUUCUCAUAAUGCUCCAUUUUACACUUUUUUUUUUCAACUAUUUUGAAUAAAUUACUGUCUGG